ACUAAUCUCUAGAGGGUUAGUGUGAGUGUGAUAUUAACAAUGAAUGAAAUAGUAUGUGUUACAGUUGGUGAUAAAUCAGUUGGAUUAAAAAGCCUUCUUAUAACAUAUACAACGAAAGUAUAUCCUGCAGAUUAUGUACCUAGUGUUUUCGAUAGUUAUACACAAAAUAUUGUUCUGGAUGGUGAAUUUAUAAAUUUAUCAUUAAAUACUGUGGCGUGUCAAGACGAUUAUAAAAAAUUCCGACAACUCACUUAUCAGAAAGCUAAUGUAUUCCUCUUAGGAUUUUCUAUUGGGCAUCCAGGAAGUUUGGAGAAUCUUCAGAAAGUUUGGGUACCGGAAAUAAGGGAAACAUGCCCAAGUACACCUAUAGUGAUAGUUGGACUACAAAAAGAUCUUCGAAAUGACCCUUAUUAUAUUAAGGCAUUAGAGCAGAAACAUCUUAAAUCUAUAUCUUAUUCUGAUGGGGUAGAAACAGCUAAACGAUUAGGGGCAGCUAGUUAUAUUGAAUGUUCUGCUUUAAAACAGGAAGGAGUUAAAGAAGUAUUUGAGGAUGUAAUCAAAGCCUUUAAAGCCGAUCAAAGCAGAAAAAACAAAUGUAUUAGGGUCACCUAGGGUUAGUGUGAUGUAAAAAUAUGUAAAUUUGAUUUUAAAAUAAAAAAAAAUAUAUUUGUUUUUAAUUGAA